UGUUUUUGUCCAACAUAACAGCUUGCCUGUUGCAUGAACCUAAGCUCUUCCACUGCGCAUCUGUCCACCCGUUGCUGGUCUCCCCCCAUCUGUCCGCUUUUGCUGUCCCCCUUGCUCCAUGCACAGCACGAAUGCCGGAUGCCAGCUCAGCACAUUAGCAUUCCUGGACUGCACCUGUUAUUCCAAGCUGCCCGAACGUAGAAGCCGCUUGCUUCAGCCUUUUGCCGGUUAGGGUUAGUGAGUUACCGUGUUUAUUCACCAGCCGUCCCGGUUUCGGUGUCUUUAAUCACUUCCAGUGCUACGCAAUUUGGAAGGUAGGAUCGCGUUUCCGAGUGAUCAGACCCUCUAGAUCCUCCCUCUUUUUCCCCUAACGGGAUUUGUACUUUUCAGCAUUUUGGUUGGACCGAUUCACCAUCGAAGUUUUUCCGUCAGCAACUAGCUUGCGACCUGCCUGCCUUUCUGUGUGCCUGCGCGCAUCCUAGAACGGACAAUUAUUGAGUCGACCCAAAGAUCACCUCUGUGCGUGCGUGCCUCCGAGAACGGACGAUUAGUCAAGCCUGCUUCCGCUCGCCUUUUCGUCAUCGCAAUCCGUCCCCUCAUCGCGGUGUUUACCACGUCGCACUCCAGGAAUCAACACAGCUGUUGCGCUUAGCUAAACGUCAGUCGCCGCACUUAUCGCCAGCAUACCCGUCAGAACUCUCUCGCUGACGCACGUUUCGUCUAAGGCUCGUUCCACAACGCCCUUAAUUACCUCAAUAACAGCCUUCGUUUGCUCUCAGAACGCUCCUCCUCGACGUUCUUAGCCAUGCGAAACCCUAAUCGCUUGCGGCCUAUCUGACCGUCAAGCUGGCGUCUCCGCGCUUCCCGGAUCAUGAGUCCGGGCUUGCCGCUUGCUGAUCCGCACGGCAGCGGCGGCGGCGGCCUUGGAGGCGGCGGACCAGGUACCGCAACUCCCGGCGCGAUUCCCAGCGCAAUUUCCGGCGCCGGAAACGGCGGUUUUGGCUCGGAAGCGGGCGCUCUGGAGCAGCACGACGGGAAUCAAGCAGCGGCUGCGGCGGCUGCGGCUGCGGCUGCUGCUGCUGCUGCUGCGGCGGCGGCGGCUGCUGGUGGAUGGAUGUUGCUCCCGCCAGCCGGCUCUCUCCAUAAUCACGCCGCGCUAUUAUCACCAGCUGCAGCGUCCGUGCAGCACAACCACCUGCUCGCUUCGUUAAAAUCAAUCGCGGGUAUUCCAGGAUUUUCGCCAGUCAGCGCAUCUCAGCCGUCCAUCUCCCUAUCGCACGGCCACGUGCCGUUCGCGUCUCCUUACCCAGGCAAUUCUGCGGCUCUGAUCCCGUUUCUCCCCCUGGUGCCCAUCAUCCAAUCAGCAGCCUCCACAUCAGCGGCGCCGCACCAGGGUUGAAUCCUAGCACAUUAGGUAACCCGCUAUUCGCAUCUUUAGGAGGCUCUGGCGCCGCGUCCCCGUCCGGCUCGGCUUUAAUCCCCAUGCAAGCCCCUGUCAUGCCCACGCACCCCGGCUUCCCAACCAACGGUUUCGUCUCGUCUCAUUUCGACCCUGCAGCCGCCGCUGCCGCCGCCGCAGCCGCCGCCGCCGCCGCUGCUGCAGCCGCGACAUACCCGCAGCCGGUUUCCGCAUCUCUCCCCGUCGCGGGGGGCGUUUCCGCCGCCGCCGCAAACGGCGCGGGCGGUUUGAUCCCCGCUGCUGCCAUCCCCGCUUCCGCCGCCUCCGCUUCCGCCGUCGCCGCCGCCGCAGCAGCAGCAGCGGGGCGGCUCAGUGCCGUCAAGGACCCGCUCGGCUAUGCUGCUAUGCUCAGGUCGCGUGGGAAAGUAAACGAGGCGCUCGCUAUAUACGAGGCGAUUAUAGCGGAGAGAUUAGGAGCAGCUGUGACUAUGACGAGGGGAAAUGGAACGGGUAGUGGCGUGGGGGCGAUAGGAGGGGUAGCGGGCGCGGGGGGAGGGGGGAGCGGGAGGGGCGGGCGCCGGGGGGCCGCGGCAGCAGCAACGGCGGAAGCGCUGGUGGGGAAGGGGCAGUGUCUGCAGGCGCAGGGGAAGCUGAGCGCGGCUUUUGAGGCGUACGUGUCCGCGCUACAGCUGAACCCGACGCAUGCUGUAGCGCUGACGCAGUGCGGAGUGCUGUAUAAAGAGGAGGGGCACUUGCUAGAGGCGAUCGAGGCGUACAGGAAGGCACUAGAGGCGGACCCAGGGUGCAAAGAAGCCCAAGAGCAGCUGGCCGUGGAGGGGAUUGCCAAGUACUACGAGGCCAUUGCCGCAGACCAGAGAUACGCGCCCGCCUACUACAACCUGGGAGUGGUCUACUCGGAGAUGGGGCAGUAUGAAGCAGCCCUGCAGUUCUAUGACAAGGCCGUGGCCUUGAGGCCGCUGUAUGCAGAGGCGCAUUGCAACAUGGGGGUAAUAUACAAGAACUGCGGGGAUCUGCACUCUGCCAUUGCGUGCUACGAACGGUGUCUAGCUGUGGCUCCCAACUUCACCAUUGCGCGCAACAACAUGGCCAUUGCGCUCACGGACCUGGGCACCAAGGUGAAACUGGAGGGAGACAUCUCAGCAGGCGUGGCACACUACAAGCACAGUGAAGCUAGAGGGAGACAUCUCGGCAGGCGUGGCGCACUACAAGCGCGCACUGCUGUUCAACUCGCACUAUGCCGAUGCCAUGUACAACCUGGGGUGGCGUAUGGGGAGAUGCUCAAGUUUGACAUGGCGGUGGUGAUGUAUGAACUAGCUCUUCACUUCAACCCGCAGUGCGCCGAGGCGUGCAACAACCUGGGCGUGAUCUACAAGGACAGGGACAACCUCGACAAGGCGGUGGAGUGCUACCAGAAGGCGCUCCGCAUCAAGCCCAGCUUCUCGCAGUCGCUCAACAAUUUGGGAGUGGUGUACACUGUGCAGGGCAAGAUGGACCUAGCGCUCAACAUGAUUCAGGCUGCCAUUCUCGCAACCCUGCAUAUGCCGAGGCGCGUGCUGCACAGAGACGCGGGCAACAUCCCAGCAGCCAUAGAGGCCUACCAGCAGUGCCUUGCCAUCGACCCCGACUCGAGAAAUGCCGGGCAGAACCGUCUGCUGGCUAUGAAUUACAUUCACGAGGGGCUGGAUGACUCUCUGUUCGUGCUCACCGCAACCUCCCCCAUUGGUCCACUUUAUGGCCAAUAAGAGAGCUUCCCUUCCAACUCUUUCUUGCUCC